UGGUAGUUACAUUUUAUGUGAUUUAAAUGUAAUAACAAGCUACUCGUAUAGUCUCUUGGAUGGUGUUUGGAGAUCGUAUUAGCCUCCCAGGGCUAACAGCUGUGAACGUGAUAAAACAUUCGUAACGCCUUUCUUGUGUUACUACACCCGAAUUUGUUACCCGCCGUUAAUACGUUUGUCUGUAUUGUAGCGUUUUUCACCAUGGUAGUAUUUCCAAAUUCACUGACGGAAGAAGAAGAGGCCCUGCAGAAGAAAUAUGCUAAACUCAAGAAAAAGAAAAAGGCGCUGCUUGCCUUGAAGAAGCAGAGUUCAACUAACCAGACAAAUCAAAGUGGAUUGAAACGGACUUUGUCGGACCAGCCUGUUGUUGACACGGCAACGGCUACAGAACAAGCAAAGAUGCUGAUCAAGACGGGUGCCAUCAGUGCCAUUAAGUCGGAGAACAAGAACUCAGGCUUUAAACGCUCUCGGAUGCUGGAAAUUAAACUAAAGGACCCUGAGAAAGGCCAGACUCCGGCAUUUUUACCUUUCCAAAGGAGUGUUUCGGCAGAUGAAGAACUACCUGAGUCUGGAAAAAGAGCCCAAAGGAAGUCUCUUUAUGAGAGCUUUGUCAGCUCCAAAGACAGAUACCGGGAUGAGGAGGAGGGAGGCAGCGCGUCAUCCAGCCGUGAAACGGGCCGCGAAAUAGGCCGCGAAAUGGACCGAGAGAGGGAGAGAGACCACGACCGAGAGCUGGAUAGAGAGCGGGAAAGAGACAGAGACAGAGACAGAGAGCGGGAAAGGGAUAGAGACCGAGAACGGGACAGAGAAAGAGACAGAAGCAGAGACCGAGACCGAAGCAGAGACAGGGACCGGGAACACGACAGGGAACGGGACAGGGAACGGGACAGAGAAAGAGAUGCACCGUUUAGACGGUCGGAUUCACACCCGGAGCGGAGAGGGGUACGAAAGGGGAAUACGGUGUACGUGUACGGCUCUGGGCUCAGCGAGGACAACCUGCGCUCUUCUUUCUCUCAACAUGGAAGCAUCAUCGACCUCUCCAUGGACAACCCACGCAAUUGUGCAUUCAUUACUUUCGAGAAGAUGGAGUCUGCAGACCAGGCUGUAGCUGAGUUAAACGGGUCCAUGGUGGGAGACGUUCAUGUCAAAGUCAGCAUCGCCAGGAAGCAGCCCAUGCUGGAUGCUGCCACUGGGAAAUCAGUGUGGGCUUCACUGGCGGUGCAGAACAGCACCAAAGGCUCCUACAGAGACAAGAGGAAUCAAGUCGUGUACAAUGAAGAUUUCUUGUCUGAAAAAAAAUAGUUUUUUAUUUUGACUGGUUGAUUUUCACCUUUUUGUUUUUAAUGUAAGCCAGCGGUUUAAAAUCUUUGUUGCAUGAUGAAUAGUAAUCAUGUUGUCUUGGUUGGUAUUUGAUGCUGCGUGGCUCUUCGUGUUAGAGCUUAAUAAAGUGUAUGCACAGAACAACAAA